CUGCUCCCUUCCUCCUGCUCUGUUCCACAUCUGCAGCCUGAAGAUUCCACCGCGUCUCAACAGGAACGUUGGUUCUUCUCCUCCUCAUCCUCAUCCUCAUCCUCAUCCUCAUCCUCCCUCUGCUCCAGCUGUGAAGAAGGUGGAGGCAGCUCCUUCUCCUGGGGAUGGACCUGUGGCUCCUCUGUGGAGUCCUGAUCUUCCUGCACAUGUCUGAAGUCUGCUCCAUCUCUGGGACUGGUCUCAGUGUGGAGAAGGGCCCACUGGUGCAGCUCGCCCACAGGGCCCAGCAUAGACACAAACGCUGCUCCUGUGAGAACCAAAAAGAUGGAGAGUGUAUUUUCUUCUGCCACAUCGGAAUCGUCUGGAUCAACAGUCCCAGUCAUGUGGUUCCAUACGGUUCUGGAUCAGUUCGACAGAAGAGAGAAACCGAACGCUGCCUCUGUUCAAACUCACAAGACCAACGGUGUGUGAGGUUCUGUUCUACUGACAGAAGGAGGAAACUUUCAUCAGCAGAAAAACAACACAGAUACAAGGAUGCAUUAUGGGAGCGGGGCGUGGCCAAACAUCCAGAGGGCGGGGCUGACCUUUGACUGUGUUUGUGUCAAAUCACUUUUAUAUCAAAUCAUUGUAUUUACUUUUACCUAAAGCGUUGCAGGAAGUGGGAGGAGCUUCUCCUGCGACACUUCCUGUUCUGACGUUGACUGAUGUUUACUUCAGUUUUACUGUUAGCAUAGUCUGACACUGAACAGAAGUUAGCAGAAACAUAGCUGUAGCUAAUUGUAGAUGGAUGUUGACGUAUUUCCGACAGGUACAAACAAAUGUUAGCAUUAGCUUACACCUGUUACUAUUGAGUCAAGUGCUGUUAGCAGCCAGAUGUUAGCUCUUAGGACACAUCUUUUAGUCAUUAGCAGUGAAAUACGGUAUAUCCAGUUGCUAACUUCGGCGAUCAGUUGUUAUCAGGUUUGUCAGUAAUUUAAUAGCAGACGUUUGUUGCUGGCUAUCAGAUAAAAGCUCAUCUGUUAGCACUCACCUACUGACAGCAUUUGUUAGCUGCUGUCAGCUUGACAAAGCUGUUUACAAGUAUGUUAGCAAUGACUUCUUAGUUGUAACCGGCUAGCUAUUAGCUGUCAGCAGUCACCCUGCAGCCAUUCAAAAUAGAAUCUUAAGAAGUUAGCCAUUAGCAGUUAGCAAUUAUUCAUUUACAUAGAGGACAGUGUCGUGGACAGUUAUUGUUUGUGAGCAUCUGUUAGUAACUCAAAACUGUUGUCACAGCAGUGUGUUCUGACGUCAUAGAGAUUUUUAUUUUUUUCACAAUAAAAAUAUAAUAUAAAUGUGUAAUUUGUUUAAUUGUUGAUGAACAUUUUCUAAUUAUCAGAAUAAACUCCUGAAGAGAACACGGAGAUCUGAGGUUUUAGAACUGUUACAGAGAAAUUCUGACAUCUUGUGGUGAAAGAAAGAAAACCACAAAACGAAUCCUUGUUUGAAAUAAACAGCACGAGGCCGUUGACACGCGCAC